AAAAGAAUGUCAAAAACAAAGCAUUAAAAAUACCCUUUAUAAACGAAUGCUUAGAAAAAGAAGCGAGUGUAACAAAAAACACGUUUCACUUUGUUUUUGCUGGAAAUAAAUAAAACUUUAUACAACACUAGUCGGGAGUUCAAAAAUAGCAGUUUUAGACCAAGAAUUAAUUUUUUUUUCGCAAAGAUGAACUUAUGUGUAUGUUUAUGUUUUCUUCAUUCUUUUUUUUUUAUUUCACAUAUUUUGAGGUAUCCUAUAUCAAUUGGCGCAACAAAACACUUUUUAGAUAAUAAAAUGUUUAUGAAUAAAACAAAAAUAAAAGAAACUGCGUUGACUAAUGUUAAUGCGCCAACUUCAAAAGCAGAUUCCAGAAAAAAACCGUUAAUGUUUCUUCAAAUAGAAAACAUGCACUCCAAGUAUGAUCGUAACCAGAAUUUAAAAGAGAUUGAAGCACUAGCUAAUGAGGGGUUGGCACUUGCGCGUACUAAACGUCGUAUAGCAAAAAUAAUAAGACGCGCUACCGAACUCGCAAUGAAUGACAACAAGAGUCUCUCUGAAGAAAACGACGAUCAUACUAGCUGCGAUAGUGAGAAUCGGAACGGAACACGAAUUUCAAAUAAAGUGUAUCAAGCCACAACGAAUGAAUUGACCGCCAAAGUUUUAGAUUUUGAUGCCGAUUCAUUGGAACGGGAGAAUCAACGACGUAAAAGUUUAUUAAACGGGACAAAAAUAAAUUCAGCAGGUGUUCCUGUGUGUAAAAUAAUAAAGAUAGGACCUCUAGAAAUCGCACCAAUGCCUGAUGAAGUACGUCAGCGUAUUAGCCAAGGUGUUAUUGGACAGCUGAUCGGCAGUACAUUCACAAUUCUUCAAAACAAGAAACCUAAGAUUACGUAUGAUACAACAUCAAUAGAUUUACCAAUUGUGAAUAUACCGAACACGGGUGAUGCGUGUUGGGGCUUUAACUACCAUGGACAAAAUCAAAUUUUUUGUGCUGCGAAUGAAGUGACAAGGGAUUCUUGGAUGAAUGCCAUAACAGAAGCAUGGUUUUGCUUAAAUGAAGGCUUGCAAGGCUCUCUUCCUUUAAUUGAAGAUAUAGAAAAAGAUCUGGCAUCGAAAGAUACUCUAUUACAAGAAAAAACAAACGAAGGAAUGGGGCUUUCAACUGCGGAGAAUUUGACAAAGCCUUAUGUCGAUAUUGAUAUAACCAUGAACAGCGACAGUAGGUUAAAGGGUAGUAAUUUUGAAAUUGUUUUCAAAUUUUCUGUAAUAAUCUUCACCACACUUUAUAAUUUAAAAUACCUUUUAGAUACUCCCAAUGUUACCAUUAACGGAAAUCCUAUUCCGCAAAGAUAAUGUUAUUUUUCAUUAUAAAAAAAUUGUUAAUUGAUCAACCAGUUUAAUACAUUUCUUUUCCGUUUAAAGAAUCUUAGUAUUUUCAUAUGGUAUCCGCAAGAGGUUAGAAGUUUUUUUUUGAAAGUCAUACUCUAAACUAAUAAAUGUAGUGUAUUCUUUUAAAUUUUUAUUUGUCAAUAUUAUGAAACGUCAAAUUAUACUUUGCGUAUAAAUUUAAACUGGUCUAUAAAUGUUUCGAAUAUUAGACGAAGAGAAGUCAAUUAUGAUUUACUGUUAUUUUGAGACUCGUGUUGUAACCUAUUUUUUGUUUUAUAUUUAUUUGUCAAUGUGAAUAAUGACUGUUUUUUUUUAACACAACACUAGUAUCAAAAUAUGUGUAGUGACGCCUUCUUUUAAGAUCGUCAUAAUCUUUAUUCUGAAGUCAAUUGAAAAAUAAUUUGUUGUCAGAAUAAAACGAGAUUUAUUUACUAUCGUUAAAAAGGAACAGCAUAACGGAAAACAAUUUUUAUCUAAAACGAAUGUCUUACUCGGUUUAGCAUACUUAAUAAUGUGAAAACCUUUUGUCAGAUUAUUAAUAUAAAAAAAAAAAAAUUUUUAGGCUAUAUUCUAAACAUUCAAGGUUAUUCGAUUUUGCCCCGGUGUGUAAAAACUACUAAAUCAAUACGAUUACACCUAAAUAAAUCCUAGUGAAUAAAGGUUGUUUGAAUCAGUCCACGCUAGUGACCAAUGUUGUGUAGUCAUUUCUGUAGUUCGUGGCAUUAUUUUUUAAUUGGCCAGAAGAAUAAAAACGAUUGUAUGUUGACCAAGUCACAUGAGUAUAGUUUGGAUUGCUCAAAAUACGAAUUAGGGCUCUGUUUUUGUCAACCAUCGAGCCGUUAAAUGGAUGGAGUCGUCACCAAAAAAUUAAAAGAUAGACCUCUUUUGGGAGUAAACCCAGGUCAAUCCCUUAGAAUUAGUCCAAAAAUAGGCUAAAAAAAAAUUUUACUGAACCGUAGCUAAAAGUGAUUGUCAGUAUCUUUUAAUGUUCUCUUAAGAAGCAGGCUGCAAAGUCGAAUCAUGGUCUCAGAAAAGAGGAACUUGAUGGUCUAACGAUUAGGUUUUAGAAAAAGAAACAUACAAGUGCGCUAUCCUGUCAAAUUAGAAUUGAACGAAUUACAUCUCAUACCAUGUUAUCUAAAGAAAUAAAAUAGUUUUCAUAAAGAGUGGCAUUUGCAACAAUUAAACGAAUUUCUUUCUGAUAGGGUUGAGAAGGACGAUUGUUUACGUUGAAAAUUAUUUGGACUAUUCAGGCUUUUGUUGUAAAAAUUUCUUUACACACCGUGUCAAAAAAAAAAUUAAAAAGAAAAAAGGGAUGACUAUGUUAUUUUAAUCUAAAUUGUUAUAAAAUCAACGAAAACAAUAGAUGUUGGUGGUAUAAACUAUUUAUAAAAGUUCAGAUAUUAAAAAAAGCAAUUCUAGACUAUUAAAGUAAAAAAAAAAAUUGUUCGAAAUUACCAGGAUAACUAACUAAUAAAGGCUCAAAAAGAAGUGUGAAACUAACACGGCAAUAAUACAAAAGUUUUUUCUUUAGUACAAUUUAAUGUUGGGUGCUAACGGAUAAAUUCAAAUGUUCACACACACACUAAAAAAAACAUUUAAAGUUUUUUUUUUAAGCUUUUGAUGUCGAAAGAAAGAUAAUCUAAUGAUGGUUUGUUUUAAAAGGAAAGGCAUUGAAAAAUAAGGCAUAUGACGACAAAAAUAAGGGUCAUACGGGGGCAAAUAAAUGAAAAUCUCGUCACAGCAUACACAGAGCACAUGCAGAAAAUUAAGUAUUGAGUACCUUAAAGUUAGUGAAAAGACAUAAACGCCUUUUUUUGUUAAUUCAAGCUUGUACCCAAAGAUAUUUGGUACAUAUAAUUUAAAUAUUUUUACUAGAUUGAUAUUACAAACGUAUUGAAUUAGUAAGAAAAAAAUGGCGUCUUCUAAUAAAAGACUACAAAAAAUCAUGACCCAACCGAUUAAUCAAAUCUUUCGGUUUUUCACUUUAAAAACUCGAGUUCAAAUUUGGUUGUAUGAUCAAAAUGAUUUACGCUUAGAAGGUCGCAUUUUGGGUUUUGAUGAAUAUAUGAAUAUAGUCUUAGAUGAUGCGGAAGAAGUCCAUAUUAAAAAAGAUGCUAAGAAAUCAGUUGGUCGAAUUUUAUUAAAGGGAGAAAACAUAACAUUAAUUAUGGCAGUCUGAUGUCGAUCGUACAAUUUGUUCUUCGCGUUCAUUCAAUUACAUUUUUUAGUGUAUGUACAUCUAUUAAAAACAGAGACGUUUUCUGUUAGUUUGUUUGUUUUUUUUAUAUUAUUACUUUUACCACUGUAUGUAUCGCUUUGCAAACUAGUUGAACAAAAUUUUUUUUUAUGCCCUUGAUAAUA